AAGCACGUAAAAAAAAUCAGCUCGCCUAUAAAUUGACAGCAACCACCUCUCUCAAAUCGCUAAUAUAAUCAUCAAAACCAUUGAUUUCAAUAUGGGUUCUGGAGGAGACGCCGAUUUCAAAGUGACGGUGGUCAGGAAGGAGGUGGUGGCCGCAGUGCUGCCGCUGCAAGAACACUGGCUUCCACUCUCCAACCUGGACUUGCUCCUUCCUCCACUUGAUGUUGGUGUUUUCGUUUGUUACAAGUUAAGGAAUCAAACGGUGAGUUUUGGGUCCAUGGUUGGGGUUCUGAAGAAGGCCAUGGCUCAGAUUCUGGUGUCCUACUAUGCGUUUGCUGGUCAGGUUGUGGCUAACCCUUUGGGAGAGCCUGAGCUGCUUUGCAACAACCGUGGCGUGGACUUUUUUGAGGCUUAUGCUGAUAUUGAGCUUAAAGAGCUCAACUUGUAUAACCCUGAUGAAAGCGUUGAAGGUAAACUCGUGCCUAAGAAGAAGGAUGGUGUGCUUUCUGUCCAGGCAACAGAACUGAAAUGCGGUGGCGUUGUAGUGGCAUGCACAUUCGACCACCGCAUAGCAGAUGCAUACUCGACCAACAUGUUUCUCGUAUCAUGGGCAGAGGCAGCUCAAUCAAAGCCACUAUCAAUCGUUCCAUCCUUCAGACGAUCUUUGCUAAACCCUAGACGUUCUGCUGGUUGCUUGGACCCUUUUCUAGACGAACUCUUCAUACCCAUCUCCUCAUUUUCACCUCCCAAAGAUCAACCAGACGAUCAUCUUGUAAGUCGCAUUUAUUACGUUAAAGCCCACGAGCUUACUCGACUACAAUCGCUUGCCAGCUCAAAUGGGUACAAGAGGACCAAGCUUGAGUCUUUUGGUGCAUUCUUGUGGCAAUUAAUCGCCAAGUGUGCUAUCAAAAAUAGCACAAAGAUAUCAAAAAUGGGGAUUGUUGUGGAUGGAAGGUGUAGGUUAAGUGAUAAAACAACUGCUGGGAAGGCAAUACCAACGGCUACAUAUUUUGGAAAUGUGCUUUCACUCCCAUAUGUAAGCAAACGAGUUGAAGAACUUGUUGAAAAUCCGAUGAGUUGGGUGGCAAACACAGUCCAUAAUUGCUUGGAAAAAACUGCGACAAAGGAGCAUUUCUGGGGGCUGAUUGAUUGGGUAGAGGCUCACAGGCCAGAAUCUGCAGUUUCUAAAAUAUAUACUAGCAGUAGAGAUGAUGGACCAGCGUUUGUGAUCUCGUCAGGGCAAAGAUUUCCAGUUUCGAAGGUGGAUUUUGGAUGGGGUUCGCCGGUUUUUGGAUCUUAUCAUUUUCCAUGGGGAGGCACAACCGGAUAUGUAAUGCCGAUGCCAAGUCCGGAGGAGAACGGUGACUGGGUUUUGUACAUGCACCUAUUUGGAGAGCAACUUGAGUUCUUGGAGACUGAGGCUGCUCAUUUUUUUAAGCCCUUGAAUUGUGAUGAUUACAUCAACUAGGUUAUCGUUGUCGUGUUUAAGAAACCAUUUAUUAAUGCAUAUAUCAUUAUCGAA